CCCGAGCCACACUGGAAGACUCGAUACUAGACCGGUAAACCCCCCAUUCGUCUUCGUCUAAAACCUCAGGUCAGUCUCCGUUCCAGCCUAACCUUUCCUCUCCAUUUAAACUGCAGAUACUUACGAAAAGCUUUGUUUAGAUCCUCCUGCCGAUUCUCUCUCCCAAAUGAGACUCUGGUGAUCUCUCUGAAGACACAAACAUAAUGGCCUGUCGAGCUCUUUUAAGGAGAAGGAAACUUGUUUCAGACUAUUUGGAACCAUCUGCCCGUUCAUUUCAAAAUUUUCAUUACUUUAGUUCUCUUCAAUCAACUCAUUAUUCUGGAGGGGUUGCCUCUGCUGGAAACUGUCUCUCUCAAGCUUCUAGUCAUUUUGAAGACCGCGAACGGGGUGAAGGGGUUUCAAGCUUCCCCACUUCAACACUGUUAUGGCAUAGAUCUGCUGGAGUCACAUCACAUGACCAUGUUAACGUUGGAAUCAAAAUGCCUGUCAGAUUGGAUAUCAUCUCCCCAAUGGGACAUAAGUUGUUGUCUUCCACUGCUCGUUAUUCUUCAGCUGCAACUGCAAAACAACCCGAUAACAGAAGUGAUGACGAUGAAAAUGAAGCCCAAGUUGCUAAAAUGAAGAAAGAAGCAUCUCCUGAGGAAUGCGAUCAAGCUGUUGAAGGGCUAAGUUCUGUUAAAGCAAAAGCAAAAGCAAAACGCCUCCAAGAAUCUCAGAAGGUUGCCAAAUCUGUCAUACAAAGAGUAUGGGCUACUCUUCUGGGUAUUGGUCCAGCCUUGAAAGCUGUAGCUUCCAUGAGCAGGGAAGAUUGGGCCAAAAAGCUCACUCAUUGGAAGAAGGAGUUUAUUUCAACACUGCAACAUUAUUGGUUGGGUUCUAAGCUUUUGUGGGCUGAUGUGAGGAUCAGUUCAAGACUAUUGUUAAAACUGGCAAAGGGGAAAAGCCUCUCUCGUAGGGAGCGGCAACAACUUACACGUACUACAGCUGAUAUAUUCAGGCUGGUUCCUUUUGCUGUUUUCAUCAUUGUCCCAUUCAUGGAAUUUUUGCUUCCAGUAUUCUUGAAAUUAUUUCCCAACAUGUUACCAUCAACAUUUCAAGACAAGAUGAAAGAACAGGAAGCACUGAAAAGAAAGUUAAAUGCAAGGAUAGAAUAUGCAAAAUUUCUUCAAGACACUGUCAAAGAAAUGGCAAAAGAAGUACAGAAUUCACAGAGCGGGGAUGCAAAGAAAACAGCAGAAGAUCUUGAUGAUUUCUUAGGCAGGGCUAGAAGAGGUGCUCGUGUCUCAAAUGAUGAAAUUUUGGGGUUUGCUAAAUUAUUCAACGAUGAACUCACGCUGGAUAAUAUUAGCAGGCCUCGUUUAGUAAGUAUGUGCAAGUACAUGGGAAUCCGCCCUUUUGGGACAGAUGCUUAUUUGCGAUUUAUGCUACGGAAAAGGUUACAAAGGAUUAAGAAUGAUGAUAAGUUGAUUCAAGCUGAAGGUGUGGAGUCUCUAUCAGAAGCUGAACUCCGUGAGGAAUGUAGGGAACGUGGCAUGCUUGGGCUGCGUUCAGUAGAAGACAUGCGCCAACAGCUUCGUGACUGGUUGGAUUUGUCACUCAAUCAUGCAAUACCAUCUUCAUUGUUGAUCUUGUCUAGAGCCUUCAUUGUGUCUGGAAGAUCCAAGAUAGAAGAGGCUGUUGGGGCAACGCUAUCAUCACUUCCUGAUGAGGUUGUAGACACUGUGGGGAUUACAUCCUUGCCCUCUGAAGAUUCUGUUUCAGAAAGGAGGAGGAAAUUGGAAUACCUUGAGAUGCAAGACGAACUUAUCAGAGAGGAGGAAAAGAAAGAGGAAGAAGAGCAAGCCAAGAAGAAGAAGGAAUCUGCUGGCAGUGAAGAUGAUGUUGCUUUGAAGGAGAUGGUUAUUCCAACGGCUAGAGAUGCCCAAGAGCAAGCUAGGGCAAGAGCACUUGACAAACAAGAGGACCUAUGUGAAAUUAGCCGUGCCCUAGCUGUUCUUGCUUCUGCCUCUUCUGUGAAUCGAGAACGGGAAGAGUUUCUAAGGCUUGUUAAUAAGGAGAUAGAACUUUACAACAGCAUGGUAGAUAAAGAAGGAACUGUAAGUGAAGUAGAUGCUAUGAAUGCAUAUAAAGCUGCUCGUGAAGAAAGCAAUCAGAUGUCCGAAGUUACUGCACAUGACGAUGUGUCUUCUGCUCUUGUAGAGAAGGUUGACGCAAUGCUUCAGAACCUUGAGAAGGAAAUUGAUGAUGUGGAUGCGGAAAUUGGUGACCGCUGGAGAAUCCUUGACAGGGACUACGAUGGGAAGGUGACUCCAGAGGAAUUGGCAGCUGCCACCAAUUAUCUGAAGAAAACUUUGGGAAAAGAAGGGAUUCAAGAUUUCAUUGCCAACCUCUCCAAAGAUGCAGAUGGGAAAAUUCGUGUGGAAGACAUAGUCAAAUUGGGCAGUCGCAUAGAGGAAAUGAGGUCAGAUGACAUGUAGCUAAAAUAUAUUGAAUAGCUCCAUUUUACUACUAUGAAACAGUCAUUGAACUACCCAUCUGGGCUACCCCAUCUUGCUUGCCAAGGUUUAGUGCUUAUAUAGAUUCUAUUUUUGCCAAUUUUAAUAUUUCCUAAAAGUGUUCUUCAUAUGGUACGAUGAAAUAGCAACCUUACCAGCUUUUGAGAAAUUUGGAAACAUGAAUUAUGAGCACGCUACCAAUUGAAGUUCAAAAUGGGUUAUUAGAUAGUUUUUUC